AUGAGCCAACUCGCCCCGUUUCACUUGAUGAUUGUUGCUAAGUACUUGCCUAACUUUAAAACGUUUUCUAAUGUUCUGCUAAUUUCGAAACGAUACGCAACGAUCAUCGACAAUUUCCACUUUAAUCCAUUUCCUCUCACUUACAAUACAAUAAAAUUGUUUAAACAUCUUGAAACACUUCAUUUGUAUUCUAGAGAAGAUGAAACAUUUGGAAAUGAAUUUGUUGAAUAUAAUUCAUCCACAUUUUUGGGUCAAAAAUUGAAGAGUAAUAUAAAUGUAAAAAACUUUCAAACACAAAAUGAGCAAAACAAAAUCGAAUUUUUCGAAGUUGUUGUUUGGUAUAUUGUUAACUACACAACUACACAGAAGGCAGGUAAUAACUACAACUUUAAAAAUGUCAUUUACUCACCCACAAAUGACGCCAAAUCAAAAGAAAUUCCACAAAUUGUUAAUUCACUUGACGAAUUCUUUUUCUCGAACGCGAAAUUUGAUAAAUACACAGUCCCAAGACAAAUCACUUCGUUGGGAGUGGGCUGUUUUGCAAACGCGAAGUUCCUUUCAAAAAUCGAGUUUCCACCUUUUAUUGUUUCCAUUAAAGAUGAAUGCUUCAAAAAUUGUUGUUCGUUAAGAGAAAUUAACUUACCACCAAACGUUAUUACACUUGGAAGGUCUUGCUUUGCUGCAUGUUUGGCUGUUUCCAAAGUGUGUCUUCCAAGUGCUUUGAAAUGUAUUGAAGGUGCCGCUUUUUCACGAUGCACUACAAUUCCACAAAUAGAAAUGCCCAGUGCAGUUACAGUUAUUAAAUCAUCCUGCUUUGCAGAAUGUGCAUCGCUUUUAUCUGUGGUAUUCACAUGUGGUUGUCGGUUAUCUUAUGUACAAGACAAUUCAUUUCUAAAUUGUGUAUCACUAAGGGAAAUUACACUUCCAGACACAACAGAGUGUAUCGAGAAGUAUGCAUUCAGAAAUUGUAAAAAUCUUUUGUUUUUCAGAGCACCAAUUAAUCUUAUAAAAAUCGGCGACGGUUGUUUUUCAGAGUGUGUGUCACUUAAAAAUGUCUUUUUCAAUCAAAAUUUGAAGGUAAUUGGUGGCUUUGCGUUUUACAAUUGCACGGGGUUGACUGCUAUAGAACUCCCUAAAAACAUCACAUUUGUCGGGAAAAGUUGUUUUAGUGGGUGUAUUUGGAUAAAAAGUGUUGUGCUCAACAGAAAGGUUUCUUUGGUAGAAUCUGGUCUUUUAAAGGGAAUCAAAAUCGUUAAAAAAUAA